GUCAGGCGGGCAGAGCGCGGCGCACAUGUGAGCGUGUGGAUCCCUGCUGGCAGUCUGCAGAGCCGACCCUUCAGCGGACCACCUCCCCUCCAGGAAGACGCGUCUUCUCCGGGUCUCCUGCGGCGAUCCCAGCUUUUCGUCCUGAACCAGUGAAGCUGCUGCACCAGUCAUGGCUGUGGUGAGGUUCUACAGUAGUGAGGCUCUGAGCGGACGAGCCUUGCAGAGAGCAGCGAAGCUCUUCCCACAUCUAUCGAUCUCAGCUGAGCUGUGCUACAACGUGGAGCUGACAGGUAGCGAGAGUCUCGACAAGGAGCAGAAGGAGGUUCUCCUCUGGCUGUUUCGUCCUCCGCUGCAGGCUGAGCCGCUGUCUGAUGAGCCGAAGCUCGCAGAGGGAACCGGGGACAAACUAGUAGAGAUCGGACCGAGGUUGAACUUCUCCACCGCCUGGUCCACGAACGCCGUGUCCAUCUGCCAGAGCGCCGGCCUCUCCAGCGUCACCCGAGUCGAGCGGUCCCGCAGGUUUCUGAUCAAGCCCAAGAACGGACAGAGCGCGAGCGAGCUCGGCGGAGACGUAACGAAGCUGAUCGGGUGUCUCCAUGACAGCAUGACGGAGUGCGUCUACCAGCAUCCCAUCACCUCCUUCGCUGUGGCAGCCAGGCCGCAGCCCGUUUUUGAGGUGGACAUCCUGGGGAAGGGUCGCGCUGCCUUAGAGACGGCAAACCGUGAGCUGGGUCUGGCCUUUGACUCCUGGGAUCUGGACUACUACACGUCGAUGUUCCAGAGGAUUAAGAGGAACCCCACCAGCGUGGAGUGUUUUGACCUGGCCCAGUCCAACAGCGAGCACAGCCGUCACUGGUUCUUCCGGGGGCGGAUGGUGAUCGACGGGGUGGAGCAGAAGGAGACCCUCUUCAGCCUCAUCAUGGACACCCAGCGGCACAGCAACCAGAACAACGUCAUCAAGUUCUGCGACAACAGCAGCGGCAUCAGAGGCAGGGAGCUGCAGUGCCUGUACCCAGCGGACCCCUCGGAGGCGAGCCCGUAUGGGACGCGGCGCUCGGUGCGACACGUCAUCUUCACCGCUGAGACGCACAACUUCCCCACCGGGGUGGCGCCGUUCAGCGGGGCCACCACGGGGACGGGGGGCCGCAUCAGAGACGUCCAGAGCGCUGGACGAGGAGGCCACGUCAUCGCUGGCACCGCAGGAUACUGCUUCGGGAACCUGCACAUCCCAGGGUACAGUCUCCCCUGGGAGCACGAGGGAGAGGGGUGGGAGUAUCCGUCCAGCUUUGCCCCUCCGCUGCAGGUUGCCAUCGAGGCCAGUGAUGGCGCCUCAGACUACGGCAACAAGUUUGGAGAGCCUGUCCUCUCAGGCUUUGCCCGUUCUUUCGGCAUGCGGCUGGCUAACGGAGAGCGGCGGGAGUGGAUUAAGCCCAUCAUGUUCAGCGGCGGUCUGGGGUCGAUCGAGGACAGCUAUGUGAAGAAAGAAGGGGCAGAAGCCGGGAUGGAGGUGGUGAAGAUCGGCGGGCCCGUGUAUCGGAUUGGCGUGGGAGGAGGAGCGGCCUCUUCUGUCCAAGUACAAGGAGACAACUGCAGCGAGAGGGAUCUGGGAGCGGUCCAGAGGGGAGACGCCGAGAUGGAGCAGAAGAUGAACCGCGCUCUCAGGGCCUGCCUGGAAAGAAGCAGCGGGAACCCCAUCUGCAGCAUUCACGAUCAGGGAGCAGGAGGAAAUGGCAACGUUCUUAAGGAGCUCAGCGAGCCAGCGGGGGCUGUGAUCUACUGCAGCAAGUUCAAGAAAGGUGACCCCACGCUGAGUGUUUUGGAGCUGUGGGGGGCCGAGUACCAGGAGAGCAACGCUCUUCUGCUGCGCCCGUCGGACAAGUCCUACCUGGAGAGGGUUUGUCGGCGGGAGAAGUGUCCUGUUGACUUUGUGGGACAGAUCACAGGAGACGGAAAGAUGGUGCUGGUGGAUGACGAGGGGGGCAGCGGCGAGCAGGCAGACGGAGUCCGCCACCCUGUCGACCUACAGCUGGAGUGGGUUCUGGGCAAGAUGCCGCAAAAAGAGUUCAAGAUGGAGCGGCUGGCCCCCACCCAUCAGCCCCUGACUCUUCCCGCUGAGCUGACAGUCAGAGACGCUCUGCAGCGGGUCCUACGUCUGCCUGCCGUGGCGUCCAAACGCUACCUGACCAACAAGGUGGACCGCUCUGUGACUGGCCUGGUUGCCCAGCAACAGUGCGUUGGCCCCCUGCACACCCCGCUGGCCGACGUGGCCGUCGUGGCCCUGUCGCCGUUCAGUAUGGAGGGAGCAGCCACGGCCAUCGGGGAGCAGCCGGUGAAGGGCCUGGUGUGUCCCGCGGCGGGCGCUCGGAUGGCUGUCGGAGAGGCUCUGACCAACCUGGUGUUUGCCAGAGUCACCGCUCUGAAGGAUGUGAAGUGUAGUGGGAACUGGAUGUGGGCGGCCAAGCUGCCCGGUGAGGGCGCGUGUCUGUGGGAGGCCUGCGAGGCUAUGUGCCAGGUCAUGGGUCAGCUGGGGGUGGCCGUCGACGGGGGCAAGGACUCUUUGAGCAUGGCAGCACGAGUGGGGACAGAGACCGUCAAAGCUCCAGGCGCUCUGGUCAUCUCUGCAUAUGCUGUUUGCCCUGACAUCACUGCCACGGUGACGCCGGAUCUCGAGGAUCCGGAUGAAAAAGGCGUGUUGUUGUGGGUUCCUGUUAGUCCAGGCCGCCACCGUCUGGGCGGCUCUGCCCUGGCUCAGUGCUUCAGCCAGCUGGGAGACGGCUGUCCUGACCUGGACCAGCCUGGGCUCCUGAGCGCCUGCUUCAACACCACCCAGAGGCUCAUAGAGGAUCGUCUUCUCAGCGCAGGACAUGACAUCAGCGACGGAGGCCUCAUUUCCUGCCUGCUGGAGAUGGCUUUUGCUGGGAACCGCGGGCUGGACGUUGAGCUCUCCUCAGACGGAUGUGGAGUGAUGGAGCUGUUGUUCAGCGAGGAGCUGGGUUUGGUGCUGGAGGUUUGUCAGACUGAUCUAGAAACUGUUUGUCAGAGAUACAAAGACGGAGGCCUGCAGUGCCACCACAUCGGCAGAACCUGCGGCUUUGGACCGGAUGCUACGGUCAGAGUCCGUGUGGACGGGAAGGAGGUGCUUUACGAACCGCUGCCGGACCUCAGAGCAGUUUGGGAGGCAACGAGCUUCCAGCUGGAGCGCCUCCAGGCGGACGAACUCUGCGUGAAGCAGGAAGAGGAGGGACUUUGCAAGAGGACCCAGCUGUACUUCAAAUUGACCUUUGACCCGUCUGAAACAGUCAGCGUGCACCAGCUCACUGCAGGCGGGCCGCGUGUUGCCGUGAUCAGAGAGGAGGGCAGCAACGGAGACCGAGAGAUGUCCGCCUCUCUCUUCAUGGCAGGCUUUGAGGUUUGGGACGUCACCAUGCAGGAUCUCUGCUCCGGCUCCUUAACCCUCCAGCCUUUCAAGGCGGUCGUGUUUGUCGGAGGGUUCAGCUACGCAGACGUCCUGGGAUCGGCUAAAGGCUGGGCCGCAACUGUGGCCUACAACCCCAAGGCCAAAGCUGAAUUUGAUCGCUUCCAGCGAAGGGAGGACACCGUGAGUCUGGGAGUGUGCAAUGGCUGCCAGCUGCUCGCCCUGCUGGGCUGGGUGGGAGGGGCGGAGGAUGGAGCAGACUCUGAAGUGGUGCUGACCCACAAUCGGUCCAGGAGGUUUGAGUCACGGUUUGUCAGCGUCGGCAUCCAGAAGUCCCCGUCCAUCUGGCUGACGGGCAUGGAGGGCUCUGCUCUGGGAGUCUGGGUUGCUCAUGGAGAAGGUCUGAUGCAGUUCCGUAGCUCCCAGGCCCAAGACCUGAUGGCCUCCUCCGGUCUGGCUCCUCUGCGUUACCUGGAUGAUCAGGGCUGGCCCACCGAAGAGUACCCUCUGAACCCUAACGGCUCCCCUCAGGGUAUCGCAGGCCUGUGCUCCAGGGACGGCAGGCACCUGGCCAUGAUGCCCCACCCGGAGCGCUGCACCCUCGGCUGGCAGUGGCCCUGGGCUCCCAGGGGCCUCAGGCCUUCGCUCACACCGUCACCCUGGCUGCGCAUGUUCAGGAACGCCGCAGUCUGGUGCAGCAGCACAGAUUGAUGCUGCUGCUUUAGUAGCGAUGCUUACGUCUUACGUGGCUCAGCUUCCUGUUACACUGGUCUUUGUGUUUGGUGUCGGAGACGGUUCAAUUGCAUGACGGGGGUUUUUACAUGUGUUACAAAACUAUUUCACACUAAUCGUGUUUCAUUGCUGAAACAUUUAGAAUUGAAUUUGCUAAUAAAUCUGUUUAUAUAGAACAAUAAA